GCGGUGCCGGAGGCGCAGAGGGCGGCGCAGGCGGAGCCGGGCGGGCGGGCGCGCGAGCGAGCCAGCGGGCGGCCGGGCCGGCGGGCGAGCGGCGGCGGCGGCAGCGGCACCCCAGGCCGAGCCGGCGCGGGAGGAGUUCCAGGGCGAUGGGGCCGCGGCCGGGGCUGACGCUUUGACAGCUGGAAAGAGCGCGGAGCCAGCGCCUGGGGGGGGAGGGAGGGGAGCGCGGCGAGGAGAGCGCGAGCGGGCGAGCGAGCGAGGCCGGGGAGGGGGCCGGGAGCGAGGGGGCAGCUCGGGAGCAGCCGGAGCGGUAGCGGCGGCGGCGGCGAGGCUCGGCGCCCUCUUCUCUGCAAACCAUGUUUGCCAAAGGCAAAGGCUCGGCGGUGCCCUCGGACGGGCAGGCUCGAGAAAAGUUAGCUUUAUACGUCUACGAAUAUUUACUGCACGUAGGAGCACAGAAAUCUGCACAGACCUUCUUGUCGGAGAUUCGAUGGGAAAAAAACAUCACGUUGGGAGAACCGCCUGGGUUUUUGCACUCGUGGUGGUGCGUAUUUUGGGACCUUUACUGUGCAGCUCCUGAAAGGCGAGACACUUGUGAACAUUCGAGUGAAGCAAAAGCCUUUCAUGAUUACAGUGCGGCAGCCGCCCCGAGCCCCGUGCUUGGCAACAUUCCCCCCAACGAUGGGAUGCCGGGAGGCCCCAUCCCGCCGGGUUUCUUUCAGGGUCCUCCGGGGUCACAGCCCUCGCCGCACGCACAGCCUCCACCUCACAAUCCCAGCAGCAUGAUGGGACCCCACAGUCAGCCUUUUAUGUCACCGCGCUACGCAGGCGGCCCCAGGCCCCCGAUCAGAAUGGGAAACCAGCCUCCGGGAGGAGUUCCUGGGACCCAGCCACUGCUGCCCAAUUCCAUGGAUCCCACCCGACAACAAGGGCACCCCAACAUGGGAGGAUCAAUGCAGAGAAUGAACCCUCCCCGAGGCAUGGGGCCCAUGGGGCCUGGCCCACAGAAUUAUGGAAGCGGCAUGAGACCACCACCCAACUCCCUCGGCCCCGCCAUGCCCGGGAUUAACAUGGGCCCGGGAGCCGGCAGACCCUGGCCAAAUCCUAACAGUGCUAACUCAAUUCCAUACUCCUCCUCAUCACCUGGUACCUACGUGGGACCUCCUGGUGGUGGUGGCCCCCCAGGAACACCCAUCAUGCCUAGUCCUGCAGAUUCAACAAAUUCCAGUGACAACAUCUACACAAUGAUUAAUCCGGUGCCGCCUGGAGGCAGCCGGUCCAACCCACUUCCCCGAGAGCUUUAAGUGAGAACGACCUCCACGGUGCUUUGGAACGCUUAGAGGUGACGGACAUCUGAGACAGGACAGGCCUGCUGAUGGAUUUAGGGAUGCAGAGGACCUGACUGACAAGCUCUGGCCUCCCUAAACUAGCCUGUAGAUAGAGUAUGAUGGACCUCUUAGGAGAGUUGGAAGGGAGUUGCUGCAGGUCUAAAAACCUGUGCGAGUCAGUGACAUCCCACGUACUCCAUGCACAGACGUGUUUGUAGAGAGGCUUUUUCCGUGUCACCGUGUUGGGCUGACAGCAGGGCCUGAUAAGAGCAGAGUGGCAGGUCACAGUGAAUUUUGCAUUUGCCUCUGUAUUCAGUUUACCAUUACCUAAAGAAAUUAAAAAGCAUGGCUUAGAGGCUGUAGGCAAUCCAGAGAAGUUCUGGGGGAAAAGCAGGCACCUUCUGCCCUGUUGCACCCGCGAAAGCAAGAUGGGUCACCCCGGCAGCUCCACCGCAGCCCCUGGAGAAAACUCAGCCUGGGUUCGCACUCCAGCCAUGUCUUCGUGACCUGGCCCGGGCCCAUCCAGAAAUGUGGCCACCUGUGUUCCCAUCCGGAUGCUUGUGAUUUUUUUAAAAGAUUAUUUAUUGGGGCACCUGGGUGGCUCAGUCGGUUAAGUGUCUGCCUUCAGGUUGGUUUAUGGUCCCGGGGUCCUGGGAUCAAGCCCCGUGUCGGACUUCCUGCUCAAUUGUCUGCUUCUUUCUCUCUGACCCUCCCCCCUGCUUGUGCUCUUGCCUGCACUCUCUCUCAAAUGAAUAUUAAUUCGAGAGGAGCCCACUUGUGUGGGAGUGAGAGAGGAGGGGGGAGGAGGAGGGGCAAAGGGAGAGAGAGCGAGAAUCUCCAGCAGACUCCCCACUCCAUUGAGCUCGGAGCCUGACUCGGGGCUCGAUCCCACAACCCUGAGGUCAUGACCUGAGCCGAAAUCAAGAGUCGGACACUUAACCGACUGAGCCACCCAGGCGCCCCAAGAAAUGUGAUUUUUUUUUUUUUUUUUAUUAGAGAGAAUGAGAGAGAGCACGAGAGGGAAGAGGGCAGAGGGAGAAGCAGACCCCCUGCUGAGCAGGGAGCCCGAUGCGGGACUUGGUCCCGGGACUCCAGGAUCAUGACCUGAGCCGAAGGCAGUCGCUUACCCAACUGAGCCACCCAGGCGCCCAAGAAAUGUGAUUUUUAAAAAUCAAACAUAAGUAGUAUCUGUUUAAUCAGUCCAUCACGUUUAGCUUUUUUUAAAAAAACAUAUUUGUUUAAGACUACAUAGUAAUAUAGCCUACAAAAUAUAAAUACCUAAUAAAGAGCUCAAAUAAAUUACUGUAUUAGAGGACCAGAAACAUUAUAAAAAUGUUAUGUUUUUCUCACACAGACUGUUCAUUUAACUAGUCCUCUGUUCACUGGUCCCGUUAACUAGCCUUACUCUGGCUUUUUUGAGAUAAUAGCAUGUGUGUAACAAGGUCACUAACACAGAAUAAAGGAGCAGUGCAGGGACAGCAGGUGUGUGAGGUCGGAGUGCGGUUCACAAGGACACCCAGACUCCGGCGCGCACAGUCCAUCUGCCCGGCGGCGCUGAAGGAGGGCAACAGGGUGCAUCUCCGGGGCCUGGCCGGAAGCAAAGCCUUCUCCCCGGUGACCCUGGAAGCACAGGCGACAAAAGCAAAAAGCAGGUAAAUGGGACUUGAUCAAGACUGAAAACUUCUGCACUUCAAAGGGACGCCUUCCAGAAGGUAAAAACACAGCCCACAGAGUGCAGAGAACAUUUGCAAAUCACAUACCUGAUACGGGACUCGAAUCCAAAAUAUGCAAAGAACUCUUAAAACUCCGUCAUGAAAAAACAGCCUAGUUUACAAAAUGGGCCAGGGGUCAGGACAGGCAUUUCUCCAGAGACGCACUGGUAGCCAACAAGCACACAGAAAGACGCCCCGCCUCGUUGUCACCGGGGAAAUGCAAAGCCGCAGUGAGCUCAGCUCUGCACGCUCCCGAGGUGGGAACCGAGAAGGACGCAGCUGCUGUGGAGAACCAUCUGGCAGGUCCUCGGAAGGCUAUGCAGGGUCCCCGCAUGCCUCGGCGCUCCUACUCUGGGGUCGGUCUCUCCGCACGAGAAACAAAGCGCGUGUCCACCUCGUGAUGGCUAGAAAGUGGGAACAACCUCGUGUCCCCCGGCUGAAGGGAUAGAGGACGUGCAGUCUGCGUACGCCGGAGCGGGUUUGGCCAGAAAAGGCAUGAAGUCCUCUUCGGUGCCCCAGCACUG